AUGGUGGAUGUUCAACAUAAAAAGCCUGAUAUUGAAGAAUUUUUCUCUUUUUUACAAAAUGCUUUCCAUCCUCUAGAAGCACAUCUGCUGGAUUCCUAUGUUCGCAAUCCUUUCGACGACGACGGACAAGGGGGACCCUUUCGUUGCCUAAUUACGCUAGUUCCGUACGAGGCUCUCCCUUUGAAUGUUCACGAAGUCCCGAACCGAAAACCAUAUGUUCGACCGGUGUUGAUUCGUCCAUAUCGAACUCUACGCUUUGCAAGUGAUGAAGGAUACGUUUGCAAGUUGACUCCCGAAUUAGCCUUUACUCCCAUAGAAACGAUUACGCCUGCUUAUAAGGGUCGACCUGCUUCCCGUCGUUACAUAAAUCUCAACAACUACCAAAGAUCAACAGUCCUUCCUAUUAACGAAACCAACUUUUCCAACCAAAUUGUCGUUCAGUUAUUGGAUUCUCUGGAAACCGAUUUAGAUGUAAACAGCACCCGUGCAACGCUAUCAGCUGUCGAUUCGAAUUGGCUUUGUCAAAUUUCAAAGUUGACAUGCAACCGUAAAAACAUCGCCAACCUUUGUAUUCAAUAUGGAAGCCAAAUUUACUAUGACUCAUCCUAUAGAAACGCAUAUGAAAUAUGGUCGAAUUCUCUACUGUUGGCUGCAUUUAUCCAUACACAGCGAGCCUUAAUUUUACCUGAUCUAUUCAGUAUUUCUAUUAGGAAAUCAUUAGAGCGAUUUCACUCUCUCAGUCCUGAAUACCCGUCUCUUCCACAACCUACUCUUGAGACUCAACAAGAAGAUCUCAAACCCCUUCCUGAAAAAUCUUUGGACCAACAAGACAUCACUAACUCAUUUCCUACAAAAAGCUCAUCUUCUCCUGUUAGAUCGGAUCAGCAUCUUUUACAAAAUAUUGCUUUUAUCACAACAACAAAUGUAUCGCCAAGGUCUCCAAGAUCUCCAAGGUCCCCAAGGUCUCCGAAAUCGCCAAAACACGACGUUCCUUCACAAAUAACGAAAUCCCCUAUACUUCAAGAAUUGCAUCUGCAAAACGUUGCAUCCAACGAUAGCACUGAAGAAGAACAAAUCGAAAGCGAACCAGCGAUAGAAGAAGAACAACCAGACGAAUCUUCUGACUCAGAACAAGAAUUCACCGAGCUACUCGACUUUUUCAAUAGGAAGGGGGAUUCUGAUGAAGUUACUACACAACGAGAUAAAUUAUUUAAAGCUCGAAGUCUUCUUGAAAAUUGGCAAAAAGAAUGGAAAGGUCUUGAUCGAGCAAUCAAUAGUGCACAACAAAGUGUAGCUACCCAGUCUCACCCAAACCCAAGAGGUCGACCACCUGGCUCAACAAGAGGCCGUAGGUCAAAAUUAUGA